UCUCCCUCUCUCUCUCUCUAUUCUUGUUUUCUUGAAGAUCUGCUUUACAUGAUACGAAAUAUGGAGCUGGGAUUGAGCUUAGGAGAUUCAUCGUCCAAACCUGCAGAAGACCACCACAAUCAUCAUCGUCCUCGUACCGUCAGUUCUAAGAAAGAUGGUCUGAAUUUCUGCAUGGCUUUGGGCAUCUUAUCAUCGGCCGACAUUGAAGAACGGCCUGGAAAUGCUCGAAAGCCGCCUAAGCAAAACGAUUCCGACGAUCAUAUCUCCAACGACAACGACGAUCAGACUGCGUCGGAGGAAGAAGAAGAAGAAGGGGGCCAUUGUAGAGCUUUAGUGCCGAUAAGAGGUUCUCUUCAGCUCGAUCUUCUCCCUCUCGCUCCUGUUCCUGUUUCUCGCCAUCAUCCCUUUCCUUGGUCUUCUGAUAAUGGGAGUUCAGAGAAUGGGUCGUCGGGGAAUAUGGAGCUGCAGACGACGGCGAGGGGAUUCAACGUCAGCAGGUUGCCUAAGACGGCGACGGAGGAGGUGUCGUCUUCGUUCUGUAUGGAGUCUAGCAUUUUCAAACGCGGUGGGAGUGGUAUGCUAUCAAUCUGUGAAGCCGCCGGAGAGGCGGCGGAGAGGGCGUCUUCUAGAGCCGCCAGCGAUGAGGACGAGAAUAACGGCGGCGUUAAUAAUGCUAGGAAAAAGCUCAGGCUUUCCAAACAGCAGUCGGCUUUUCUUGAAGAAAGCUUCAAAGAAAACCACACUCUCAACCCGAAACAGAAACUUGCACUUGCUAAACAACUAAACCUUCGACCACGUCAAGUUGAAGUCUGGUUUCAAAACCGAAGAGCCAGGACGAAGUUGAAGCAAACAGAGAUUGAUUGUGAUUACCUGAAGAGAUGUUGUGAGACACUAACGGAAGAGAAUAGAAGACUUCACAAGGAAUUGCAAGAGCUAAGAGCUUUAAAGACUUCUAAUCCAUUUUACUCGAAUCUCCCAGCCACCACUCUUACCAUGUGUCCGUCUUGUGAAAGGGUGGCGACGACCACCACCACCACCGCCACUGUGACCACUGCUAUUGCAACAAUUUCCGAUUCCUACCCCACUGCCACGGCUACAGUUGCCACUGCUACCAAUCCCGAGUCUAUCCCCAAAGCCAUUCCAUUUCUUACUAGGGCAGGAAGUUUCCCAUUCACGACUAGCCAUAAUCAUGCACCUUCAUGAAUAUAUGGAUAAAAUAUCGGUCACAAGAAGGUAAAUCGUGAAAUAAAGAGUUCAAAAUUGAAUUCGUGAGCUCAAAAAUUUAUGUUUAUUAUAGACUUGCGGUUUACCACUACCCGAAAA